UAAACACUGCAACAGAAUUCAACUGAAUUCUCGACGUUUUUCUCGAAUUUACACGUGAAACUCCGCAAAAAAGCUGACGAAAAUAGCAUCUAGCUAUUUCCGAACCAGUUACCUACAACAUUCAAGCAAUAAACCGAAAUUUUUUUACGAAAAAACACAAAAUUCUCUUAAAACAUGAUGGAGGCACUGGACGACAUUGCCGAUACGCAAGAAAAUACCCAAAAUCACACAGAAAAUACGCAAGAACUCGUGGAGAGCCAGCCCGUUUUGGACAAAGAUCCGUGGGGACGCUUAUUCAAGAAACGCAUUCUUCGCAAGAGACUCGGACAAACAGCAACAAAGACUGUCUUAGAAGCUGGCGGGUUGCUAGAUUAUUUUGAUAUUCGCGGAAAUCAAUUCAAUUUCGGGCGUGAUCCGAAAACCUGUCAAUACGUUUGCGGCAAAGAUGAGGGUUUGGAUUUGAAGUCGUGGAAUCGCAUCUCAAAGGUUCAUUUUAUGAUGUAUCGCGAAAGUUUGGAUCCAACAUCGCCAAUUUUGCUUCGGGACCUCAGUCGAAACGGAACUUACAUCAAUGGCGAGUUGGUUGGGCAAAAUCAGACGAGACUCGUGAAGAAUGGCGACUUUAUUGCGAUCAUCGAGCCACAUUUGAAGAUUUUUCAGUUCAAAGAUAUGAUUGUGCGACCCAGUGUCGACUUGCCGCACGACAUUCAGAGCAAAUAUUUUGUCGGCAAAAAGUUGGGAUCGGGCGCCUUUGGACAAGUUUACAAAAUUAUGGACCGCAAGAUGCGAAUUUAUGCCGUAAAGUACAUCAAGGGCUGCAGCUUGGGCUCCAACUUGCAAAAUUCCAACGUUACCGACAACGAAAUCCGCAUCAUGAAGAAACUCAACCACUUGUGCAUCAUCAAAACGUACGACAUCAUGCGCGAUCUCAACGGCGGCGCCAGUCUCGUGCUCGAAUUCAUGGAAGGCGGCGAUUUGCUCAACCGCAUCAUCAACAGUCCCAAUCGGCGGCUCUCCGAGGACCAAGGACGCUUCGUGCUGUAUCAAGUUACCGCCGCCGUCAGCUAUUUGCACAGCAAGGGCAUCACGCAUCGCGACAUCAAGCCGGACAACGUGCUGCUGAAAGAUCGCAGCGAAUGGUCUGUCGUGAAACUCACGGAUUUCGGCUUGUCCAAAAUUGUCACGGAAACGUCGGUGAUGAAGUCGCUAAUCGGAACGCCGAAUUAUGUGGCGCCCGAAGUCCUGAAUGCCGACCAAUUCAACCGGUACACGAACAAAGUCGAUGUCUGGUCGAUGGGUGUCAUGCUGUUUGCGAUGAUUAGCGGAACACUUCCGUUCUCCGAGGACUACGGCGACAUCCGGAAGCAAAUUACCGCUGGGAAAUACACUUUUUUCCCGGAUUCGUGGCGAGGAAUUUCGCAGGAUGCGGUCAUGCUGGUGCGAAACAUGCUGAAAGUGCAGCCCGAAGCACGGAUUAAUUUGCACGAAAUUCUCGAGACGCCCUGGAUGGAAAGCACGCACGAAGGAGUGCAACGAGCUCAGCUGAUUUUGGAUCAAGGAGGCUCCAAUGUCUCACGUAUCCGCAAUACAUUCCAAGAUGUUCAUUUGGGCAAAGAAAAUGGGUUUGCGCGACCGUUGCCGCCAUCAAAACGCCCGCGUUACAAUUUGUAAAGAUUUUUGACGCGAAAUCGGAACCAACUGUGUUAAUUAAUGCCAAUUUUUUGUACUUUCAUGUAUACCUGAUCUCUUUUUUUAUACCGUAGUUUGUAGAAUGAAGUUAAAGUAGCGUGCCUUUGAUAAUGUAAAUUUACUAGAAAUAUGAAUGCGUGCCAUAAUAUGUACAAAUAAGCGAUGAAAAUAAACUU